CUCUGUCUCUGUCUCUGUCUGUCUCUCUCUCUCCCCAGUCUUUGUCUCUGUUUCUCUAUGUCUGUCUCUCUGUCUCAUUCUCUAUGUAUGUGUGUCUCUGUCUCUGUGUGUGUGUGUUUCUGUCACUCUCUGUCUGUCUCUGUUUGUCUCUGUCUCUCUCCCUUCACUCUCUCCCUGCUCUGCUGCUUAUCCCUAUCCUGCAUCUUGAUUAAAAACCCCCUUCUGUCCUUCCAUCCCCUCCAGGUAUCAUCUUCCAUCCCUCCUUCCCUUCUAACUCCCCUCACUGUAAAAGGUCUCGGUCUCAGAGCCCCAGUCCCUCCUGCUCUGUGCUUUCUGACACCUCACUCUGUGUUACCAAAUCUAACGGCCCUUUCUCGGUUCUCCUUGACUCUCUGAGGUAUUUGAUCCCACUGGCGGCUCAGAGAUCUGACCAUGUGAGCUUCAGUGGCUCCCUAUUACCUCGAGGACAGAACAGAAGCUCCUUGGUAGAGCACUGGAAACUCUCCAGUCUUCUCAUACUUUCCUUCCUCCAGCCAGCCCAGGUCCAGCCUUACUGGCUAAGGCAUCCCAUCUCCCACCUCUGUGCCUUUGCCCUGGCUCUUCUCCGGGGCCUGGAAGCCUCCGUCCUCACCUUCACCUUCUAGAAUCUUCUAGAAUCUGUAGCUUCCAUCAAGACUCAGGUAAACUCCCCCUUAUGCCAAAAGUCUUCUCCAGGAACCCCACCUGCUAGUUCUUUUACUGUUCCCUCAAAUCUCCUUUGUAUAGAUACAUGUUUUCUUCCCCAUUAGAGUAUAAGCUCCGGGGGACAGGGACGACUGCAGGUUUUUAUUUAUUUAUUUGCUUAUUCCACUGACAUGGUAAAUAUCUGAUAGAUUCUUGUUGAUAUUUAUCUCUCAACAAAUAAAGCAUCCAUCCUCUGCUUGAAUCCUUCUACUACAUAGGAGCUCACUACCUCUUGAGGCAGCCUAUUCCAUUUUUUUUUUUUUUUUUGGAUCUGAAAGGAGCGUAAGUCAUUUAGUCCACCUCACCCCAUUUGACAGAUGGGAAAUCUGAGGCACAAAAAAGAUUGUGGCUUUCCCAAACAUUGCACUAGUAGCAAGGUAGUAACCGAACCGGAGUCUUUUGACUCCAGGUCCAGAGUGCUUUUCAUUAUUCCAUGUUACCCAUCUGAUCCAUUCAGUGUCCCAUUAACCGUAUAUGGGAAAUAUUUGGUCAAAUAAAUGAUUUGCAGCUUUCCUCCCCACCUCCAGCCCUUCACCAUCAGCUCUGAGGAAAGGAAUAGUAUCUUCUCUGUAAUUUUACCAAUGCUGAGCACAAGACCCUGCUCAAGUGUUCAAGAAAUGCCCUUCACUGUAUGAAGAAAGCCAUAUCUUCUUUCCAAACUCGCUCUGCCUCUUCUUUCUCCCCCCUCCUCUCCUUUUUUCUUUUCACCUUCUUCCUCUAUAUUGCCCCCUUUCCCUCUCUUCUUUAUCUCUAAAAUGAGAUUAAGUUAAGUGACUUCUCACAUCCCCAGCUCUGAUAUCCUGUAUUCUUAGAUCCCUUCCAGCUCUACCAUUCCAUGUUCUCAGGUUCUCGUCGGCCUGACAUUUUCCAUUCGAAAGACCCUCCCGAUGUUUCCAAGUCCCAUCAGCUCUGAUAUUUUCCAUUUUGAGGGUCCUUCCAGCCUCUCACUAUUUGUACCGAGAUCCCUUCCAACUCUGGUCUUUUAUGAUUCUCUUAUUUAGUGAAGCUUCAGGCCAGUCUGGUUUUAGAGGGAGUUCUAGUGGAUAUUCGAAGGGGGAUCUUCCCCCUAGGGGAACAGGAGGCUCUGCAUCUCAGCAGGGAGCUGGUUGUAAGAAAAUGUCAAAGUUCCAAUAGGGGAACAAAAGCAAUCUGGGUGCUGUCUGAAGCAAUGAGGUGGCAGGAGAGUAAAAUGGCCGGGGGAGAAAAAAAGAUGAAGCCCCUUUACUGAUCUCAGUCAAGUUCCUGAAAUAAGCCUACCUGAAACCACGAGAGUGGGGCAGAACUCCUCCCUGCUGUCUCUUCUCCCUGGGAGCCCAGACUUCUCAUCCCUGUUCUGCUACUUUCUGGUUGCGGGAUCCUUGCCAAUGCCUUCUCUGCUACCUCAGUUUCCUGCUCUCUAAGAUUCUCUCUGUCCCUCCCAUGAUCCUUCAGGCUGCUUUGCCAUUCUCUUACUCACCCCCCAUCCCCUGGGUUACCAUGUCGGCCGGGUACAUACAUGCCUCUUUCCACUGUUAGACUGUCCGACUGGGAGCUGUGGUUAAGCCUGGGGGGCGGGGUGAGAGGGAGGCUGGGAAGGAGCUACUUCAUCUUUCCAACCCCGGUACCUGGCACAUGGCCUUGAAUGUACAAUAGCAGACUCUUAAUGAACGGAGGCAGAAUUGAAUGCCCUCCCCAUCCCCACCCCCUCCUUCCUUUCUUUUGGCCUCUUUCUUCUCUGAAUUAUCUAUGUCGUUUAUUCUCUCCCCCCUACCCCCCAUUUACUGGGAGUGGGCCUCCAGGAUUUGGGUCCCAGUUCUUGCCCUUUCCUCUUCCCCAUCCCCUUUCUCUCUCUCGGCCUCAGUUUCUUUUUCAGGAAAAUGAGGGAUCAUUCUAGAAAGUUCCCCCCCUUCCCCGUAAGCCAGCACUACCCUUCCCUGCUUCUACUCCCUCCCCUGCUCUCUCUUCCCGCGGCUGCCCCAUUAUCCCAGGUCAUCUCCGCUCCCUCCCUCUUCCUCUCCUCCCUCCCAUUUUCCUCCUUCCUUCUCCGCACGAGUCGGCUGCGCUCUGCCUGGGUCAGCGCUCUCUCCCCCACCUUUCCGGAGCCUGAUGCGCUGAGCCGGGGCCGUCCUGAGCUUGGAGUCCCGGGGCUGGAGGGCGGGACCCGGGGGUCGGAGAGCCAGCGAGUCCGGCUGGGAAAAGGGGCCCUGAGGCGGAGCUCCCGGCGCCCCGAGGCCCCAGAGCCCGAGCCACAGGUCAGCCUCGGGAAGCCCUCCCUCCGCAAGGGCCCACGGAGCCCCCCCUCCGGCCCCGGUCCCACGGGUCCGGCCGCUUCCUCCGAGCCCUCGGGGGCCUCCCGGGGCGCAGCCGACUAGCGGCCGGCCGGCCGACCGCCGAGCGCGUCCAUCCUCCCGGCCCGCCUCCCGUUGCUCCGGCCCGGCGGCCGAGCGCUGGGCUGCGCGCAAUGAGCAGUUCGUGCAGCAGCUACCUGAACGCCGCCAAGGAGCUGGUGAGCGGCUUCCCCUGCCCCGGGCCCGGCGGCGAGGCGGCCGCCGUCUACUGCUGCGGCUUCCAGGACCACCGCUACUGCUGCGACGACCCGCACAGCUUCUUCCCCUACGAGCAUCGCUACAUGUGGUGGCUCAGCAUCGGAGCCCUGAUCGGCCUGUCUGUAGCAGCCGUGGUCCUCCUGGCUUUCAUCGUCACCGUGUGCGUGCUCUGUUACCUCUUCGUCAAGUCCAAGCCCCCCGCCAAGCUGGAGACGGGCUUAAGCUUGCAGGCAGCAGAUGCAGAGCCCCCAUCUUUGGAAGAGUCCAGCCGGAGCGGCGGGGGAGCCGUGGGGCCCAACAGCCUCCGAAGGCACUUCUUGAGCCCCCGGCUAGACUGUGACCCACAGGCCACAGACCCUGACCGCCUCUUUCAGAGGUGCUUCAUCGCUACAGUGACUACCACAGACGUCCAGGGCCUCCCCUGAGUCCUGCUCGGGGGGCUACAUCCUCUCUCUCACCACCUGCCCCCAAUAGCCUCGACACUGCCGAUCUAACCCAAAGUCUGCUGUUGGGUCGUGGCCUCUGAUGGCCAGAUACCCCUACCCCACUCCUGGCCACUGUGAUUCCAAUAAAAUUCCCUGUUUGUCCACA